AAGGAGAAGGUCAUGCUGAGUUUUAACGGAGGCAAGGACUGCACUGCCUUACUGCACAUCCUCUUUGCCGUCCUAAACAAGUCCACCGUCGCACCAUCCUCCCCUUCGUUUUCCAGCGACGACAGUGACGAGACUGAGCUUACUGCUUCUGCGCCAGUAGCGUUUUCACACCCCCGACUGCUCUAUGUGCGCGUUCGGUCGCCCUUUCCAGAGACCGAGGUGUUUGUUCAGUCAGUACUGCGCUAUUAUCACUACCCCUCGGCUGCUGUGAAACGCCGGUUCCUCAGCUGUGACUGGUUCGGAGACUUCUCUGUUCUCUCUGCUCCCCUGUCUAACAACGGUCCCAACGCCACCGAGACCUCCUUCCUCCUGAUCUACGAGGGCCCAAUCAAGGCCGGUCUCGUUCGCCUCAAGACUGACGCGCCCGAUGUGGAGGCCAUCUUCAUGGGUACCCGCUCUUCAGACCCUUGGGCCGUUGAACUUCUGGGGAUGGAUACUCCGGAGGUUGGCAUAGUAUGUAGUCGAACCAGGUCUGUGGACAAGUGCGGAGAAUGCAGUUGUCGCGUUGUACUGACCAACUUUGUAAUCUUCCGCUGGAGACGCGAUCAGAGAUGUGGGGUUGGCGAGAAUUGUGAAAGUGGCAUCUAUCAGAUACGUCUAUACAAUGAAUAUCUUCCUCAUCUAUCGGCCAUGCCUCAUAGCUUUGGUCGAGGCUUCGCAUCUUGGUAA